AGGCGCUAAGUCAUUCAGUUUUCGAAGAAACAGUAUGAAGCAUCUUAUCUUGCUCUUGUUUGCAUGUUUUUCAGGAGUGUCCUCGGAAUGUAAUUUGCUAGGGAUAUCCCAAUGCUUUCAAGGGUUGAAGAUGCCGGACAUGGAUUCAACGCCAGAUCUUCAGACAGCAUGCACGUCAUACAGACAGGUGAUAAACUGUAUUGAGCCGUACAAAAGCGCCUGCGCAGCAGACUCAACCUUCCAAUCGAUGAUGAGUAGUCUCAAUAUGGUGUCUGGAUACUGUGGCGGUGAUUCCAGCUGCAAUGUAAUGAAAUGCUACACCGAUGCUGGGAUUAAUAUGGAUAAUAGUGGAAGUGGCUUCCCUAAUAUAAGCUGUGAAGUUUACGUAGCAGUGAAAACCUGUUUAGACGCUCAAAGCAGUGCGUGUCAGGGAAACACAAUAUACUCUACGGUUCAAGAUGCUCUCAAGCCAGUGGAAAAAAUGUGCAGCUCUGCAGAUGGUUCUAGCUGCGAUGUACUGAAGUGUUUUAGUGAUGCUGGAAUAAAUCUUAGCGAUCUGAGCGAAAAUCCAAGAAACAUAAGCUGUCCGACCUUUUGGUUAUUGAAACCUUGCUUUGAGAGUCAGAGAAGUUCAUGCCAAGGAAACCAGCUAUACACAGUAGCAGAUAGUUAUCGUCCGCAGUUUGAGAAAAGGUGCCCCCAACAAAGCUCUCCAGUUGGUGGUACCCCAGCUCUUGCAGCUAACUGGAUCCUUCUAUGUGUUGUUCUGCUUGCAAUGGUGGCCAUUUUUCAAUAAAAUCAAAUGCCUACGUUUGGCAUUGGUAUAUCUGCGGAACAUUCCACAAAACCUGAAUUAUUGAUAAAAGUGUCUCAAAAUUUGUAUCUUAUUUUUCAAGUACAUUUUCAAUAUUCAGUAUGAGAGAUAUGUGAAUGAAUGAAAUUGAACAAAUAUACAAAACGUAAAUAGAAAAUUCAUGCCUCUGUGAAUAGGAAUUACUAAACAUGUAUUACGACAAAAAAUCAUGAUAUAGAAUAAGAAGAAAUGGGAAAACAGUUUAUAUAAAAAUUUCUUUUAAAAGCAUUUGUUUAAAAUACAUAUACAUUUGUUUAGAAAAUACAUAUAGAUGUACAGGGUGUUUCAUAAUAUAUGUUACAUUUU